UCUUCACCAUGCUGCUGAAAACGGUAUUUGGAGACCGCUCAACUUCUCAUAAACAAUGAAUGUGUCAAUGUAAUGGACGAAACUGGAAUGACACCUCUUCACUGGGCUGCUGCAAAGGGUAAUUCUGAAUGAUUAUGUGUGGAAAGUAUUGUUGAACCGAGUCACAAUGCCACCAAAAAAUACAGCCAAAGCAAAAAAACAACGAGCCGCAUCAGUUGACAAUUGCCGUUCAAUUCGUUCAACAAGCACAGUAUCAUCACGUGCUGGAUCGGAUUUGCUGCAAAGUGACGACGAAGAGGCCGUGAAAAAAAUUGAAAUGAUGUCAACACAAGCGGAAAAUGCAACAAACGGUGAACGGAAGGAAUUGGUGUCAGCUGCCGUGAAUUCAUCAACAAAUGUAUCGAAACAGCGACAAAAGCCUAAAACUGAUGAGAAUGAUUCAAUAAUGAGUCUACUUCGGGACAUCAAGAAAAAUCAAUUCACCAAAAAGGACAGCACAUCGCUGAAAAAGUCAUUUGAUGAUAAAUUUGCUGUGGUACAGACCGAGUUGAAUGCGCACAGCUCUCAAUUUGUUGACAUUGAAGAACGACUAUCGCGGUUCGAAAAUAAUAUUGCGUCAGCCUCUUACAAUCGUGAGCUACAGAAACAAUAACAACUGAAGCAAAACAUAAGCAUUUUUGGCUGUCCAAAGCUUGAAGGCGAAAAUGUCAAAACGACGGCUUUGAACGUUUUUAAAGCGUUCGGAUGUGAAUUCAAUGAGACUGAUUUUGCUGCAGUGUAUCGUACUGAGGGAAAAUCGCCGAAGUUCAGCUCGAUAAUUGUCAAAUUCAAGGAUUUCAACAACAAAUUGAUGGUACUGAACUCAAAAGCAAAAAAGCCGGUGAAAACGAGUGAUAUCAAUGGUGCUUCUGCGAGACAAACGAAUGCACAAAUCUAUCUCAACAAUCAUGUGACUCCCUUCUUCGGAAGAUUGUUGGGCGCCGGACGGCAAGCAACAAAAGAUGAAAUCAUUCAUUCGUGUUCAGAGCCAUGAAACCGAACUGUCAAACUACAACGGGGACCGCGUAGUCGGUUGUCAUUCGUUGCGGAACGCGCUAAAAGUAUGCAUAAGUACAUGAGUACAUAUUUCAAGCAUUCUGGUUAAAAAAUAUUUCAAUUAUUUAUAAAAAUAUACCUAGUGUAUUAAUAUGAAAACCCAUUUUUAAUAACAUUUUAGAAACGUUUGAAAAAAUACCGAAAAAGAAUAUGAACUUUCUUUUUUUUGCUCAGAAAUUCUUUGCUAACAUUUUUCUUGUUUUUGAUUGACAAAGUGAGGUUAAGUAUCUACUGACAUGUUCAAUGUGUAGAACAAAUUUGUGCACUCGGUGGAACAAAGCCAUUGUGUGUUUAAGGAGCCACUUUAUUCCCAUGGCUCCUGAAACACAUUUUCAAGCUCACUUUGUAGGAAGCGAACGUAAAAAAUGAGAAAAUAGAAUUAAUUGAUUUCAAAAUUCAUUUGAACAUCAGCAAAUCUAAAGAAAACUUAGAUAAAUAUGUUCAUGUUGGAAACAUUUUUCUAAAUUUGAUAAUGUGGAUGUGUCAUCCAAAUCAUUCAUUGCAUUUAAAUAGGAAAUAAAGAAACAACAUAAUUUUACACAAA